AUGAAGACAACCCCCCUACUAUUUCUCGUCGCGGGCCUUGCCCAAACCCAUGCAUUCCCAUCACAAGGAGGAGCACCGCACCCACUACCCUGGUCCCCUCCAGGCCCAAACGAUGUCCGCGCCCCCUGUCCAAUGCUCAACACCCUCGCCAACCACGGCUAUCUCCCCCACAACGGCAAGGACAUCACUGAGCAACACACCAUCAACGCCCUCUAUAACGCCCUCGGCAUCGACGCAGAACUCGCCACAUACCUCCACCAGGAAGCAGUCACCACCAACCCUAGCCCCAACGCAACCACGUUCUCCCUGAAUGAUCUAAGCCGCCAUGAUAUCCUCGAACAUGAUGCUAGCUUGAGCCGCCAAGACGCCUACUUCGGCGACAAUCACGACUUCAACCAAACCAUCUUCGACGAAACCCGCUCCUACUGGACCUCACCCAUCAUCGACGUGAAGCAGGCUGCUCUGUCUCGCCAAGCACGUGUGAAUACCUCUAUGGCUACGAAUCCGAAUUAUACCAUGUCGGAGUUGGGUGCGUCGUUUAGUUAUGGGGAGACGGCGGCGUAUAUUAUUGUCCUUGGGGAUAAGGAGAAUGGGUUGGUGAAUCGGUCGAGGGUGGCGUAUCUUUUUGAGAAUGAACGUCUUCCGCUGGAUCUAGGGUGGAGUCGGGCAAAGGAGAAUAUCACGUUUGAUGAUUUGAGCACGAUGUUGAAUAGAAUUGUUAAUGCCACGGGUGGGGAGAGUGAGUUUGAUAGGGAGUUGGCGAAGAGGGGUGGGGUGCAUUUUGGGAGGUGGAGGGGGUAA